AUGGCACCAAAAAGGGAUAUUUCUCUCACAUCGUCCGUAAAAAUCGAAUGCACUGGCCGUGUUAGUCGAGUCGAUCAAAAGUUUCUCUACAUCAACUGCACACAUGGCUCCGUUUUCUGCCCCUUGUCGAAGUGUGUCGAGGGCGUUUGCCAUGAUUUAAGAGACAAAUACGAGGUCGGAGAUGUCGUUCAUCUACAGGCCACCCGGCAAGAGGCCAAGAACGAUUGCGAGUUUUUGGCUGUAAAGGUCCGCCCCUCGAAAAACACGGAGGCAUAUCAGAGGAAUAUGGAUGAUUAUACGGAUCAAGAAGUGAUGAUCACCAAAGUCACAGAAACGUUGGCCUACGGGAGAAGCGAGAUUUUUGGCGCCGUGUUCAUCCCGGGAUCGGCGUUUCCGGCCACGCAAACCGGCCGUCUGGCCGAACACAUUUGUCCUGGGGAUAAGGUGGUGGUCGACAUCCGGGCACAAAGCGAACGAAACGGAUGCAGCUGGCUGGCCACGAAAGCUAUUUCCGCCAAAGCGCUGGCGAAAGAAGAGGAAAAAGCGGCGGAAAGAGGCGAUUUGGUGUAUGAAUUGGAGGAUGGGCGGAUACAGGGCACCGGCUCGGUCAUUGAUGUUGAACAGUACAGCGCCAUCGUGUGGUGCCAAACGAUUGGCCGGGUGAACUGCUCGAUAUUGACGUGGUGCGGCGGGGAUGGGGGUAUUGACGCCGAGCACCUCACCGAAAUCAUCGGCCUCGGCUUCAACGUCUCCUUCAUCGCAAAGAAGUUGCCGGGAAAGGAAAUGGAGUUCCGUGCCACGCGCUGGAUGUUCGCCGGCCAGGAUUUGAACGACGACCGCGACAAGGAUAUGGCGGAUACGUAUACGCAAACCGUGCCCACGGUCACGGAUUAUUGUUUACUCGAUAACUCCGAGCCUAUCCUCGAACUGCUCGAGGAGAAGCCUGUUCUCCAACAAAUGGUUGGCAACUACGUCGAAGAAUUGAAAAUUCGCAUGCCCUGGCAUCCUAAAGCCGAGCAACAAGACGACGAGACGGGA